CACCAGCUCCACGGGGAGAGGAGCCGACACCCAACCCAGCCCAACGCAGGCACGCCAAGACCAGGAGAGAGACAACAUGCGUCCAUCACGGGAUCUUCGCCUCGCCGUGCUUCUCCUCUUCUCCGCAGCCGUCCUCCUCUCGGCAGUCCCGGCGGCCAGAGCCCAGCAGGAAACCGAGGAGGAGGAGGAGUUCAGCUACUCGCUGGACGCGGAGAAUGGGCCGGCGCACUGGGGCGACAUCAAGGAGGAGUGGUCCGCGUGCGGCAAGGGCAACAUGCAGUCGCCCAUCGACCUUGCCAGCCCGCGUGUCUCCCUCGUGCGCGGCCUCGGCUACCUCAACCACUCCUACUCCCCCGCCAACGCCACCAUCAUCAACCGCGGCCACGACAUCAUGCUCAAGUUCGAGGGCGACGCCGGGAGCGUCUCCAUCGGCGGCACGCCCUACUUCCUCCGGCAGCUGCACUGGCACUCGCCCACUGAGCACAGCGUCAACGGCCGUCGGUACGACAUGGAGCUCCACAUGUUCCACGAGAGCGCUCAGGGCAAAGCAGCCGUCAUCGGCGUCUUCUACGAGAUCGGCGCCCACGACGCCUUCCUACACAAGCUGGAGCCAUACCUGGAGAUGAUAGCGGAUCGCAAGGACAGGGAGGAGAAGAUGGGCAUGAUGGAUCCCAGGGGCGCCAGAGGCAAGGCCAGCGUCUACUACCGCUACGUGGGCUCCCUCACCACCCCACCCUGCUCAGAAGGGGUCAUCUGGACCAUCAUCAAGAGGGUCCGCACUGUGUCGAGGCACCAGCUGGAGCUUCUACGGGAGGCCGUUCACGACGACACGGAGAAGAACGCGAGGCCCCGUCAGGAGGUGAACAGCAGAGAUAUCAGCAUGUUCCGGCCUUUUGAGCAAAAUAGACAUUCAUCAUUAGCUAGGGUCGAUUCUCUACUUAAUUAGUUUGUUGUUACAGUUAUUGUAUAUGCACAUGGUUAUACCAUUUUUUGUAGUUUUUUCUUCCCAUAUUAGAUGCCUUGUAUCCAGUCAUUGAAUAAUAAAGGACCACGUCCA